AUGUUGGAAGAGGUUGCAAACAGUUGGACCGUCGGACUACAUUCGUUUCUGGAUGUUUCUGAGUUUACACCAGUGGUUUCAAAUCUAUGGGAUAAAGAGACGUUCAACGUGCAACACAUAAACAACACAAAAAUAAAAAAGUCUGAUGUACUCAUUGGAUACUUAAUCCUAUUCUGGGUGAUCUUGUAUCUUAUGUAUGAGAAGUGCCUUAACUCGCUACUACGACGUAUGCGUAUACCACUGAUGCAACGGAGUAGAAUAAUCAGGGCUGUGUGGAAUUGUGGAUUUUGCUUUGGUAGCAUUUGUUAUUUGAAAUCAUCCACGAUCACAACAUUAAACUUCUUCUCUGAAGAACAAAAAGUAACACAUGAAGAGCUAGGAGUAAUCCUACAUAAAAGCUUUUAUUAUCAUCAGGCAGGAAUAGAGAUUUUCUGUCAUGGAGCUUGGACAAAAGGCUGGGUGAACUUACUAUUUGCAUCGUUCAUCAUGAAUCCAUAUCAAGAAAAAUGGUGUACAAUAGUAAGCACUUUCCUGUUUUAUAAGGCAAUUGAUACCAUUGUGAUAAACUUAUGUCGAAUUUCAUUAUGUAUACCCCAUUUUGGUAGAAGGAAGCUACCUAAACUGCUUUUCUGCAUUCAUUGUCUCAGCUGGAUAUAUUUGUAUAUACUGUUUGUGCCUAAGUUAAUGUUAUGGCCAGAGAAGACCAAUUAUACACGAGUAGAGCUCGGUUUAUGGCUGUGGUUUAUUGCAGAAUGUAUAGAUUCGGUAUGGUUGAGACUCGUAAGAUGCGCAAGAGCUAUACAUUGGCUUGAAAUUUGUUUAUUUCCACCUCCAACACAGGAGGCAAUCGAACUUGCAGGAAUCCAAAAAAGACAUAGGAAUUCUUUAAAGAAAGUAGUUAAUAGAUCGAAGAAGACUGAAUUAUGGCAGACUAUGCUCUGUGCAGUAGCUAUUAAAAAGAAAAUUAGAAGGAUUCGACAGGCUAAACAGAACGAGUCUGAAUCUGUGACUAAUUCUGCCGAAGCGGGAUUACCUGGAACAGAUUCAGUGGAAGAAAUAAACAACGAGAAAAAGGAUCAGUAACAUAAUCAGUAUUACAAAAGUGCUGCUUACUAGCUACAAGCCCCAC